AUGGUUUAUCAUCCAUAUGUUAUAUUUUCUGAUUUUGAAUGUAUGGUUAAACCAGUCUCCACUUGUUACCCUUCUACAUCUAAAAGUUUCACCACACCUACUGAGGAACAUGUGGCAUAUAGCUAUAGCAUAUUAUGUUUGGAUCAACAUGAUUCUAUUGUUUUCAAAAAAUAUUAUUGUGGUGAAAAUGCCGUAGAAAAUUUUCUUGGGGUCUUAAAAAAACUUUGCAAAACUUUACUUAAAAAAAUGAAGUUAGUCGUUCCAUUAUCAGAAUCCAAUUUUCAUAAGAACUCUAAAUGUCACAUAUGUGAUAAGAUUUUUACAGAAACAGAUAAAGUUGUCAGAGAUCAUUGUCAUUUUACUGGUAUAUUUCGCGGAUUUGCUCAUAAUCAUUGCAAUUUAAAUUAUAGAAUUCGAUAUUUCAUUCCGGUAAUAUUUCACAACCUUAAAGGAUAUGACUCACACUUGAUAUUAAAACAUCUAAGUGGAAAAUAUGGAAAAUCUAUUCGCAUCAUUCCAGUAAAUACACAAAAAUUUACUACCUCUCAAAUUGAUGAAAUUAAAUUUAUAGAUAGUAUGCAAUUUUUAAACCCAUCGUUAGCUACACUUGUUGAAAAUCUCAAUAAUUCAAACCAUGAUUUUAAGAUUUUUAAUUCCUACUAUGCGAAUGAAAAAAACAGAUUUUUAUUAAAAAGAAAAGGUGUAUUUCCAUAUUCAUAUUUUUCAAAUCCAGAAAUAUUAAAAAAACCAGGACUUCCUCCGAAACACGAAUUUUUCAACAAAUUAACAAAUAAACCAAUUGCUGACGAAGAUUAUGAAUUUGCUUUAUUAGUAUUUAGAACAUUUAAUUGCAAAUUUUUUUCUGAUUAUUUAAAGUUAUAUCAAGAAUUAGAUGUUCUGCUUUUAGCAGAAUGCGUCUCUUUUUUUCGCCGGAAGUGUUUUUUGUGUUAUGGGUUAGACAUAUUUCAUUUUAUAAGUCUUGCCGAUUUCACAUGGAACGCAGGUUUAAAAUUUACUAAAGCAGAACUAGAACUUUUUGCAGAUGUUAAUAUGUAUAUAUGGAUAGAAAACAGUAUUAGAGGAGGUAUAUGUUUUUUAGGAAAGAGAUACGCAUGUGCAAAUAAUAGAUACAUUCCAGAAACUUAUAACAAAAAUGAAAAAGAAUCAUAUAUUUUAGCUCUAGAUGCUAACAACUUAUAUGGUCAUUCUAUGAGUCAAUAUCUACCAAUUGGAGCAUUCAAAUGGUUAUCUGAUAAUGAAAUUAAAAAAUUCAAUGUUUUAAACACGAUUUCAACUUCUGAAGUAGGCUAUAUCUUGGAGGUGGAUAUUACUUAUUCGAAUGAAGCUCAAAUAACUCAGGACUGGCCUCUUGCUCCUGAUCACAUAACUAUAAACUAUGACAUGCUUUCCAAUUAUCAAAAAAAGUUGUUGAAAAGUGGAGAUACAGAUAGUUUCUACUUGGAAAUAGUUGCGCCUCAUGUUUUUGAAGAUUUACAAACAAUAUUUAAGCCCAUAAUAGAUUCUAGUAAUUUUCCAAAAGAUCAUUACUUGUUCAACUCAGAAAAUUCUGGUCGAUUAGGAGCGUUAAAACAUGAAUCCACUGAUCCUAUAAAAUAA